CCAACUUUUAACUACAUUUAGUUGUGAUUUACAAUUACUGGAAUCAUUAUAUAAGGAGCUCACUGUGGUAUGAAGAGAUGAAGAAGAAAAAGAAAAAGAAAAAAGCUCCACACAAAAAAAACUAAAAAGAUGAUUUCAAAGAGCGCGAGUGGUGUUGCAAUUGCUUCAUUGGGUUGCAUUAUCAUACUGUAUUGGAUGUGGAAAUUACUAAAAGGGCUAUGGUUAACACCAAAAAAGCUAGAGAAAUGUCUAAAACAACAAGGUCUUGUUGGUAAUUCCUACAAAUUUUUGAUUGGAGAUAUGAAAGAAAGCUCAAAAUUGCGUAACGAAGCUUUACAAAAACCCAUUCCUUUCACUCAUGAUUAUUACAACCGUAUUCAGCCUUUCAUCCAUCAGAUUCUCAACAAUUCUGGUGCAGGCAAAAAUAUCUACACAUGGUUGGGACCAGUGCCAACAAUACUAAUUACACAACCUGAGUUAAUAAAGGAUGCUUUCAAUAGGAUGAACAAUUUUCAGAAACCAAGAUUAAAUCCAUAUACUCAAAUGCUUUCAACUGGACUUCCGAACUAUGAGGGUCAGAAAUGGGCUAAACACAGGAAGCUUCUCAACCCUGCUUUUCAACUUGAUAAGCUCAAGCUUAUGAUCCAUACUUUUGAAACCUGUGUUACGGAUACACUGAAUAAGUGGGAGAAGCUAGUUUGUAAAACAGGUUCUUCAGAGGUUGAUAUAUGGCCAUAUUUGACAACUUUAACGGGAGAUGGUAUUGCUAGAGCUGCAUUUGGAAGUAGCUUUGAAGAUGGAAGAAGAAUAUUCGAGCUUCUCACACUGCAGAAGGAUAUUGUUAUUAGUCUUCUCAAAUAUUCUUAUAUUCCAGGAUUUAAAUAUAUGCCAAUAAAGGGUAACCGGAAGAUGAAAGAAGCGGACAAUGAAAUAAAACCUCUGUUGACGAAUAUAAUUAAUAGAAGGAGGAAAGCGAUGGAGGCCGGAGAAGCUCCCAAAGACGACUUGUUAGGGAUGCUACUUGAAUCCAAUGCAAACGAGGCUCGACAAGUUAAUGAAAAUGAAAGUGGUAGUAGCAAGCGAAAAUCUGAUCUAACGAUGAGCUUCCCUGAGAUGAUCGAUGCUUGCAAGCAGUUCUUCUUGGCUGGUCAAGAGACCACCUCAGUGGCCCUAACAUGGACAAUGCUUUUGUUAGCCAAGCACCAAGAUUGGCAAACACGAGCUCGACAAGAAGUACUUGCUACAUUUGGAAUGAAUACCCCAGACUUUGAUGGCAUACAUAAUCGUCUUAAGAUUGUGACAAUGAUACUCUACGAGGUGUUAAGGUUGUAUCCGCCAGUCCCUGCAACAUCGCGAAGGGUUCAUGAUCGUGAAACAAAGCUAGGAGAUUUGGUAAUACCACAAGGGGUAGGAGUUUCAUUUUCCAUACUUCAUGCACACUUGAACCCUGAAAUUUGGGGUGAUGAUGCCAAAGAAUUCAAGCCUGAUAGAUUUGCAGAAGGGAUUGCAAAAGCAACAAAAGGGAAUAACUCUUACUUCCCCUUUGGUUGGGGACCUAGGAUUUGCAUUGGCCAAAACUUCGCACUAGUUGAGGCGAAAAUGGCAUUGUGUAUGAUUUUGCAGCGUUUCUCUUUCGAUCUCUCGCCUUCAUACAUCCAUGCUCCGACUAGUCUCAUAUCCCUUCAACCUCAGCAUGGUGCCCACAUUAUUUUACAUCGAUUUUAAGCUUAAUAUUUAUGCAAUUGUGCAUCCAUGGGCGUAUGUUCUUGAGGAGGAAGUAAUAAACUAAUAAUUUUAUUUGAUUUGUCUUUGGGUUUGGGUUUUUGAAAGUAAUUGAUUCCUUGCCUUUCUCAUUGA